AUGGCUCUGUCAUUCAUCCUCCGGGGUGACAAUGACCAGACCCCUAUGAUCGCUCCCGGGGACGCACCGUCCCCGACCAUCAUCUCCCUCACCAACACCCCCGCCAUGCCCCCCACAAAUCCCUCCCCAGGAUCUUCCGACGACGGUACUCUUCCCCCGCCCAAGCUCUCCCUGAGCGAAGAGGAGAAGCAGCACCACGACGGCAAGGUCAACAACCGAGAGUUCAACGAGUCGCAUCCGCUGUAUCACGAUCUCUGUCCGGAUGACUCGUAUACGGAUGGUAUCUACUGGGCGGAUCUGCCGUUCAACGCGCGCAGAAAGUGGGUCAACAAGCAGAACAACGACGAGGUUGCUAGAGAACUCAAGCAUAUCUGGGGCAUGUUCAAGAAGGAUCCUCUCAGUCCCAUGAGCGCCUACUUCAGCCGCUAUGUCAUGGGCGGUUUCGGUCUUUUCACUGAAGGCUACGCUUUGUUCUCUAUCGGUAAUUUGUCUGCCCUCUACAAGGCCGUCUGGCCUACUUGCUGGGAUACUCACGAGGUCUGCAGUUCCAACUGGAUCGCUGCGGUCGACUAUCUGCAAAUCAUCGGUAUCAUCUUGGGUCAGGUCUUGGUCGGUUUCGAAGGAGACUGGAUUGGUCGUCGAUUUGGUCUUGUCCAGGAUGCCUUGGUCAUGACUCUCGGUCUGGUCAUGCUUACCUCCUCCUGGGGUGUCACCCUCGAGGGCUGGGUCAUUUGUUACGGUUUCGCGCAAUUCUUCUACGGUAUCGGUGUUGGUGGAGAAUACCCCAUGACCUCUACCACCGCCAUGGAGUCAAAACAGGUUGCCGGCGGUCAGCGAGACGACAAGCUCCACCGAGGACGUAACGUCGCUCUCGCUUUCCUCAUGCAAGGUUGGGGUCAGCUCUUCAAUCAAGCCGUCCUCAUCCUCCUCCUCCUCAUGUUCCACCACGGUUCCGGCAACCCUCCUUACUCUGAGGUCUCUGCCCAAUACGUCUUCCGAGUCUCCUUCGGUAUCAUGGCUGUCAUGACCCUCUGGCUCGCCUACUACCGAUACUACAAGAAGACUUACAGCUCUGCUGCCCUUUCCCGAUCAAAGAAGAACAUGCGAGUGAACCAGUCUGGUUACGAUCUUGCCUCCCUCAAGCUCGUCAGCACCCACUUUGCCGGCCGACUUGUGGGUACCACCCUCGGUUGGCUCUUUAACGAUUUCUUGUUUUACGGCAACAAGCUUUUUGCUUCUACAUUCAUCGAGAUCAUCAGUCCCAGUGCCUCGGGCAAUGUGAUUGUCACUUGGAACUGGAACAUGGUCAACAUUGGUGUCAGUUUGGUCGGGUACUACAUGGCCGCCUUCUUGAUGGACCACAAGUUCUACGGAAGGAAGAGGAUGCAGAUUAUCGGGUUCUUGGGUGAUGCUGUGCUCUUUAUGAUUGCUGCCAUCUGGUACACCCAACUCUCUUCUCCCGAGCACAUCAAGGGUUUCCAAAUCAUCUACUACCUCUCCAGUUUCUUCCAGCAGUGUGGGCCCAACUCGACGUCGUUCAUCCUCGCGGCCGAGGUGUUCCCUGUAUCCGUUCGAGCCACCGCGCAUGGUCUGUCCGCUGCUAGCGGCAAGAUUGGUGCCCUCCUCCCCGCCGUCAUUUACAACUAUGUCGGCACCCAAGAGCGAUUUUGGAUCGUCUUUCCCUUCGGUUUUGCCGGGGCUCUUGUCACCCUUCUAUUCAUCCCCGACACUACCGGUCUAGAUCUACGCGAACAAGACCGCUAUUGGGCGUAUGUCCGUGAUGGCCGACCUCACGAGUACCACGGUAUUGCCGUGCAUCCCCGACAUCUUUCGUGGUUUGAAAAGGUCGUUCUGAAAAGGCAUCACGCCUACGACGCCGAGAAGGACAGGAUGCAGAGGGUCAGAGAGUUGAGGAUCAUGUAUGAGGAGAAGCAGAGGGCUAUACAGGAGGAGCACGAGCAUGAGCAUGAUCAUGAGCACGAAGAUGAGUUGAGCAGGAAUGCUUUCCACCACUUUUCCAAUGAGAAGGCUAGCAUUGAAAAGCAGAGUGCUUCCACUGCGCCCAACUCUCCCGGAUCUCCUCUUGCUUUCGCCAACGGUGCCCCCCAAGCGCCCCUUUCUCCAUUAUCACCCGCGACCCUCAGCCGUCUCACACCUUCCCGCAUGGCCAUAUAG